AUGACCAAGCACACCCCUUACCUGCAUUCAGAAGAAGACGAGAAGCACUUUUGGCAUGUCGACGAUGUGGACGUGAAAAGACAAAGUGUGAUGGUCAGCCAUGCCCAGACUGUGGAGACGAAGGCGUCGUCUGUGAUGGUGAAGAUUGUGGCCAUCCUGGUGGAGCUGUUGACAGAUGAUGGCAAAGACAAGGACUCGCCAGGUGGAUAUUUGGAACGGGGCCAUCCUGCCCGGAUGGGAAGGGGGUCGUCGCUCGCUACCAGAAGACCACCAGUGGAUCAAGCUCUGAACACAAGUAGCUACCAGAACUGGUACACCCCUAGAUUCAGAGGACUCGACGUGUCUCAUGCAGAACGGUCCGAAUCGCGAGGCGCGCAUGCUGAUCUUGCAUAUGCACGGUCCGCCGCUACAACACUCGCUCCAGCCAGCAGCAGCGUUGUUGCAACUCUUUCGAAAAAGUCAUUCAUUACAGCAAGCCGUGCAACAGAUUUGCGGCCAGAUACAGCACCCAUGACGCCACAGGACUUCCAGGCCGUCCUCCCCCGUCCAGAUGAACAACUCUGGCGGCAUACUACCGAUGCAUAUCAAGAGGUAUCCGGACCUUCGAAUAUGCGAAAAAGGAGCUUCGGAGCCAUGACAACCACUCAAGAACACCAUCAUCAAAGGGCCACACGUCAAUAUGGUUACGACUUUCCAUCCGGAAACCACGAAGCUGUUCCCAGCGGACAAGAUGAGUCAUCACCCGAGAGCGACGGAGACACGAGUGAUCACAUCAGGAUCGCAUUCUGA